CCCUAGCCCUCCUAAGUUUAUCUCCUUCAGCUAUUAAGCCUUUUGAAUUCGACACCCAAUCCUAUGUACGCAUAUUAGGUGGCAUAAUUGGUACAUCGGCCGGUGACGUUGUAUCUCAAGCUCUCAUCGUCGAUGAAAACGCAAGUCACAUUUAGGUUCGGAAUCCUGAUGUUGUAGCAUUGCUGGUUGGACCUCCUGAUACAAAUAAGUACGAAUGGAUGCUCCAGAUCAUCCGAUGAAUCGAUCUGAACCAUCUUUAUAAUCUGUUACUUCUUCCCAUCUCUGAAACCUACCUAAGUAGCUAGCUAGUUAUCAAUAUAUCACGAUACUUUCUCAACAUCUCAACAGCUCCAACUUUACAUAAAUCAUAUCAAAAACAUCAAGCAUAAACCACAAUGUCCUCAGGCGCCGAAGACCAGCCCAAGAGGCAGCAGACGACCGUACAGGAGUCCGACGCCUCCGACGCCUCUGACCACAUGUCCGAGACUUCGCGGCCACCCCGCAACCGCCGCCGCAACCGUCGCCGCCCCGGCUCCAUCCAGCCCCUCCAAGCGCAAGACGAUCAGCAAAUGCUUCAGCAAAGGCAGCAGCAGCAGAUGUUUCAGCAGCAACAGCAACAACAGCAGAUGCAGCAGCAGCAGCAGCAGCAGCAGGGCGGCGGGGAUAGCAAAUCGGACACGCUCCGUCUGCGGCUCGAUCUCAACCUCGAGGUCGAGGUAACACUGAAAGCGCGCAUCCACGGCGACUUGACGCUGGCUCUACUGGACACCUAAACUACUGGGUAUUAUAUUGUUUACGAAUGACCCGAUACGAUUUUGAUUUUGAUGGUACGCGAAUAGGUAAUGAUGCAUGCGGGUUGAACUACGUACCAGUUCAGGUACGAUACAAAACAGGGGGCAAUUGCUUGGGAUACCUAGAGGAUUCAUGUUAAUAUCAUUUGGGACGUUGAUUUCUUCAUGCUGGUUAACCUGUUUAGCUGAUGGGCAGCGUGGACAUCAGCCAAGUCGGUCUUUUAUCAGGUAGUUUUAUUUUAUUUGUAUGUACGAGUAACACACGUCU